AUGGCCAACGUUCACGAGGUAACGGGUCCCGUCCCCGAGGAACUUCCUCCCCCACAGACCUCGAACAACACCACCCCUCGCUUCUCCUCGUCCGAUGUCACCGUCGUCUUCGUCUUAGGCGGGCCCGGUAGCGGCAAGGGAACACAAUCUGCCCACUUGGUCAAGGAUUACGGCUUCACUCAUCUCUCAGCCGGGGAUCUGCUGCGUGCUGAACAGAACCGCCCGGGAAGCCAGUACGGCGAUCUCAUCCGCUCCUACAUCCGUGAUGGCAAGAUCGUCCCCAUGGAGAUUACCGUGGCGCUGUUGUCGAACGCCAUGGCCGAUGCCCUUGCUCAUCGCAGCAGCCAGCCUAGCGGAGCCUCAAAGCCCCGUUUCCUCAUUGAUGGCUUCCCCCGGAAGCUUGACCAGGCCGUAUUCUUCGAAGAUACCGUGUGCAAGUCCGAGUUUACACUGUUCCUCAACUGCCCUGAGGAUGUGAUGGAGAAGCGUUUGCUUAAGCGCGGGGAGACGUCGGGUCGAGACGACGAUAAUGCUGAGUCUAUUCGCAAACGGUUCCGUGUCUUCGUUGAGACCAGCAUGCCAGUCGUUGAUGCCUUCCGGAAACAGGGAAAGGUCGUCUCUGUCGAGGCCACCGGCGAGGUUGAUGAAGUGUAUGCCCACAUCAAGGAGGCCAUUGCCGUUAAGGAUAUUCAUCCUAUCCAUCCGAAAAUCUAA